AUGGGUAGACCACGCAGCAGACAGAAACCCCAGCAACUGCUAAUGACGACUCGAGUCAAGGCCUCGUACGCGCUCACGCUCAUCUACGUUCCGAUGGUGUUUGUCGUCAAGCUGGCCCUGCUCUCCGUGAUGCUCCGGAUCUUCGCCCCGGACCGGUACAAGGUCAUGAUCAUCUACGUGAGCAUCAUCGUCCUCCUGCUCUACUACAUCCCGGCCUUAUUUAUCAAGAUCUUCUUCUGCAAGCCGAUUUCCGCAUAUUGGUACGGCACCAGCAACGGGGGCACCUGUAUCGACCAACAGAAGGUCAUCAUAGCCGACUCGGCCAUCAGCAUUGCCAGCGACCUUUGGAUCCUCAUUCUUCCAGUGCCGAUGCUGUGGUCGCUACAGAUGUCGACAACCAAGAAACUGCGGGUCAUCGGCAUUCUGGGGGCCGGAGGACUCGCCACUGCAUUUAGUAUCUGGCGCUUGGUCAUUAUGGUCAGGGAGGCUCGGACAGCGGACACAACAUGGUUUUGGAUUCACUGCGUGUUGACAGCAUAUGUGGAAUGUCCUUCUUCCCUGUUAACGCGACUGAUGAUGUCUUAG